AUGAGUACGAGCGACAGACCUGUAAAGAACGCCUCGGGGCGAUACGACAAUGUCGACUUUAACAAGGCUGCUGGCUUUGAGUAUCCUCCGAUGAAGUGCUCUUACAACCGUCGCGAUGUGCUACUAUUUGCCAAUGCCAUUGGCGUCAAACAAGCUGAGCGACACUUCUUGUUUGAGCUCCACCCCAAGUUUGCUGCUUUUCCCACUUUCCCCAUCAAUCUCGCUUUCAAGCAGACUUCUCAAGAUGUCAUCGACUUCAUCGCUAGUAUGAGUUCAACAAACGUGCCUGGAGUCCCGCCGUUUGAUGCUCAGAAGUCGGUGGAUGGGGAGAGGGGCAUUGAGAUUCUCAAGCCUUUGCCUGUUAGCUCUGAUGGACUUGAUUUGGAGGUUCGGAACAAGGUCAUUGGUGUUUACGAUAAGGGCGGGGCCAUGAUCCUCGACGCUGAACAGCAGCUCGUAGAUACCAAGACUGGCACUGUCUACGUCAAGAUGACCUCGAUGGCCUUUGGAAUGGGUCAAGGUGGCUACGGUGGUCCUCGAGGUCCCUCCAAACCAACCCCAAAGAUCCCCAAUCGUGCACCAGAUGCUGUUUCCACCUUCCAGACAACACCCGAAGUUGCACUUCUCUAUCGCCUAUGCGGCGACUACAACCCCCUCCACGCCGACGAAGCCUUUGGUAAGCGCGCUGGCUUCAAGGGAACCAUUCUCCACGGCUUGGGGACGUGGAACAUUACCGCUGUGCAAGUGCUGAGGGAGCUUGGUGGCUCUGAUCCUACUAGGUUCAAGAAGUUUGGCGCUAGGUUCAAGAGCGCUGUGUAUCCUGGAGAUGAGCUUGAGACGAGGAUGUGGAUUGUUGGGUCUAGUGAUGGGGCGGAUGAUGUCUUGUUUGAGACUGUUGUGAAGGGGGAUGGGCGUGUGGCCUUGUCGAAUGGCUAUGCACGUAUUGCUCACGAGGGGAGUAAGCUGUAG